UCAAAAUGGCGCGCUGAAGUCCAUUUCCGUGUCACUACCGGAGGACGGAGGAGUCGAGGAGGGGAAAUGAGAGAAUUGAGAAACCUCUAGUGUUUUCUGCAGAGUAAUGGAUCCUUUUCUCUGGAUGUUUCAGGGGGGGGGCGGGCCUCCUGGACCCAGCGGACCUCAGGGCCUCCAGGGCUGUCCUGGAGUCAGAGGACAGAAGGGCUACCGAAGCGUCUCCGGGAACCGCGGCGGAGACGGAGACGACGGACUGGACGGAGUCUGUGGAGAACAGGGACUGGAAGGAUCAGAUGGAGCUCAAGGAGAAAGAGGAGACUCAGGAAACCCA